AUGGAAGGGGAGGAAUCCAUGGAUAUAGAUGAGGGGCAAUAUCGUAAUUUCACAGCAACAUCCCCGGAAAUUGUUGAGAUUGUGGAGGAAAGCAAGAGUAGAGAUGGAGGAGGUAGUGAUGUGUAUGUUGCUGUUGGUAAAAAUGACUUGCAUGUGCUCAAAUGGGCACUUGAUCAUGCUGUUUCUCCCGGUAGUCGUGUUUUUCUUGUCCACGUCUUCCCUCCCGUCUCCUACAUCCCCACACCAGUUGGGAGACUAUCAAGAAGCCAGUUGAGCAAAGACCAGUUGCAGGUUUACAUAAGGGAGGAAAGCAACAAGAGAAAAAAUCUCCUGGAAAAAUACAUUCGACUCUGUAACGAAUCCAAGGUAGUGGUGGACACGAUGCUGGUCGAGAGCAACGCCUCAACGAAGGCGAUUUUGGAACUCAUCCCUGUGGCUAAUAUCACUAAUCUUGUCAUGGGAACCAAACAAUCACCUUUCUCAAGGCUAUCAAGGAAGGGGCUGGGGAAAGGAGAAUAUGUCAAGAAAUAUGCACCGGACUACUGUGAAGUUACUGUCGUACACGACGACAGAGACAGAAAGACGAAGGAUCGCCAAUCACAAACGUCGGACCAAAUAGUCCCAUCACAGGAACCACGACGGGAGCCAAGGCACUUCUUCGAGUGUGUGUGUUUUUCAGGCAAAUUCACCUGA